ACGCCCCCGGAUUUGUUGUGCUGACUGUGUCAGUGCAAAGAGCCCAGAAUUCGUUGAGAUCCAGCGACAUGGCUGCUAGAUAUCUCGUGUAUGCGUGUCUCCUGUGUUAUUUGGGAGUCGUAAGCAGCCAAGACGAAACCUGCCCUGAAAGUACGAGUACAAGGAAUGUGGCUCUCCCUGUGCACUGACAUGUGACAACUACCAAAACCCUCCAUUCUGCACUGCUGUCUGUCAAUCUGGCUGCUUCUGUCCCAGUGGAACAGUGGAACACAACAGUCAGUGUAUCUCUACUGAGGAUUGUCCUACAACCACCACCCCAAGCUGCCCUAACACCUACGAGUACAAGGAGUGUGGUUCACCGUGUGCUAAGACAUGCGAAAACUAUCAAAAUCCGCCCUUGUGUACCUCAGUCUGUCAAUCUGGCUGCUUCUGUCCCGACGGAACAGUUGAACAUGAAGAAACUUGCAUCUCUACUGAGGAUUGUCCUACAACCACCACCCCAAGCUGCCCUAACACCUACGAGUACAAGGAGUGUGGUUCACCGUGUGCUAAGACAUGCGAAAACUAUCAAAAUCCGCCCUUGUGUACCUCAGUCUGUCAAUCUGGCUGCUUCUGUCCCGACGGAACAGUUGAACAUGAAGAAACUUGCAUCUCUACUGAGGAUUGUCCUACAACCACUACCACAAGCUGCCCUGACACCUACGAGUACAAUGAGUGUGGUUCACCAUGUGCUAAGACAUGCGAAAACUAUCAAAAUCCGCCGUUCUGUACCUCAGUCUGUCAAUCUGGCUGCUUCUGUCCCGACGGAACAGUUGAACAUGAAGAAACUUGCAUCUCUACUGAUGAAUGCCCUACCAAUCCACAAAGCUGUCCUGAUACUUAUGAGUACGAGGAGUGUGGUUCGCCGUGUACCAAGACCUGCAACAACUAUGAUGAAGUCUCCGUGUGUGCUACAGUCUGUCUCUCUGGCUGCUUUUGCCCCGAGGGAACGGUGGAACACGAAGGAAAGUGCGUGGCGGUGGAGGAGUGUCCUGGGACUUGCAGCGGAGGGAAGGAAAGGAGGGAGUGUGGGACCGCGUGUCCUCUCACGUGCGACAACUACCAGGAGCCGCCGUUCUGCACGCGACAGUGUGUCCGCGGGUGCUUCUGCCCCGAGGGGAAGGUGGAUCUCAACGGAGUGUGCGUUGACAACACAACCUGUGCAGGCUGCAGUUAUUGUCAAGAAGGCCAGUCCUGUGUUGGAGUUCAUACAGCGGACUUUGAGUAUGCAAUGUGCAAAGACCCCAUUGCCGUUCCAUGUUCUGGUGGUUCUGGGGAGCCCCAUUUUUCUCCUUGUCCUGAGGACUAUCGCUGUGUGACUCACAACACAACUAACAUUCGCUACUGUCUCCAGUCCUGCUACCUGGAGAACGGAGGGUGUCCUCCUGAGCAGGUCUGCUACUACGAGAGGAAAGAUGAGGACUGCAACCAACUCCUGGAGCCUUGCUUCAAGACAGCAUGCACCGAUGUCCCUGCGGCGCCCGAGUCUUGCCCCAUUGGGUGGGUGCUCAAUCCCUGUGGCUCUCUCUGCCAGAGGACUUGUGAGGACUACGUCACAGGGACACGGCUGGCCUGCCCUGAGAUAUGUGGGCCACCUGACUGCGUGUGUCCUCAGGGAUUAGUAGUGUUCAGAGACCGCUGCGUGGAUCCUCUGGAGUGCUUCUCCCUCCUCACAAAUGAACCGGAUCUAAAUCCCUUACCAGUGCCAUCAGACUCAGUGUUGUUGCUGGUGACACUGGUCAACAUAAACAGAGGAGAUGUCAAUGGAAAUCAGUUUGCCGAUGACGUGGAGAAACUAGUCAAGCAACUCGGCUUUGAAGAUGUGUCCGUGUCGCUCUUUGCAACACUGGAGACAGAGGAUGGCUCUGCUGUCGUUGUGCUCCGAUUUGAAGGAGGUUCAGUAGCCAGAGAGGGAUCUCCUGAGCGUCUGGUGGGCAUCAUGAUGGACAAUCCGUCAGAGUUGAACCACGACGUUGCUGCAGUCCGCUCUGUUGGUGAAGAGAGACCUGAGCCAAAUGAGAGCAGUGACAGCGACACUGAUAGCUCCCUGUCUGGUGGAGCAAUUGCCGGGGUGGUGACUGUGGCCGCUGUAGCCUCCGUGAUGGUUGUUGCUGUGGCCCUUGCUGCAGUGGUCUAUCUGGUCUCUAAGACCCGUACAUCCGUAACCCCUGGACACAGCAAAGCGAAGGAGGUUGGUCUGGAGACGCUGCCCUAUGGGAAGCUGUCCACUAAAGAAGAGCUGACGUAAACUGCUCCAAAAAAACUUGCUGAAAACCUGACAUACAUAUUUUAUGUGUUUGCGUAAAAUUUAUGGUUUGUGUCCUCCCCCACCACUCUACACCGGAUUUUGUGUGUGAAUUUUUUUUAUUAUCCUCACACUGCUGACAAAGAGCGCAUGCGCACAAGCACGAGGAAUGGCAAAAGAAGGGGAGAAGAGGUACUCGCUGUCGUGCGAGAUCCUGGGCCACUCGGCGGACGUGAGGGCAGUCUCGUGUGUCCUACUGGCGGGAGAGUCCCGCGAGCACAUCGUCACCGGCUCUCGGGACGGGACCGCGUGCGUUUGGAGACCCGACCCUUCCUCCAACAAAGACUAUCUCCUCCACAAAGUUAUCCGGAAGCACACUGGAUACGUCUCUGCGCUGUGUGUCAUUCCACCGGACGCCCAGGCGGGCAGGCUCGAACCUCUGCUUGCGACGGGGAGCCAGGAUGCGACUGUCUUGGUGCACUCUCUGUCACCAGAGGUGGAGGAGCCUUUGGAGCGGUACACGGGGCACACAGCUCUGGUGACCACCAUCACACACCAACAUGGCCAGCUGGUGUCAGGGUCGUGGGACAGUUUUGUUCGUGUGUGGAAAAGUGGAGGCCAGAGCUCGGCAUUCAAGGCUCACACACCAGCAGUGUGGACGGUUGCCGGCCUCUUCAGACACGACGGCACCCGGAGAAUACUAUCAGGUGGAGCAGAUCAUAAAGUGAAGUUAUGGGAGGUUGACUCGGGAGUCUGUCUUCAAGAGUAUUCAGGCCACGGCGAUGUGGUCAGGGACAUAAAGGUCGUGUCACACCAGUUCUUCAUCUCUGCAGCAAAUGACAGUUCUCUUCGGAGGUGGAACUUGCACAGUGGACAGUGUCUGAGUGAAAUGUACGGCCAUCAAGCAUACGUUUACAGUGUGUGUCUGAUCCCACGGACGUCUGGUGAGGAGGUGGUCUCCAGUGGAGAAGACUCCUCCGUUCGAGUCUGGAGAGGUGGUUCGUGCAGGCAGGUGGUUGGUAUACCCGCUACGUCUGUGUGGAGCGUUUGCUGUCUGGACAAUCAGGACAUAGUGACAGGAUCCAGUGACGGAGUUGUUAGGAUUUUCUCAGUUGAUCCUCAAACGAUUGCCUCACCCGAGGUCAUCGCAAACUAUGAAAGCAAGAUGGAAGAACAUCGUAGGCGGUCAAAGAAGAGUGAUAUUGAUGUGUCAUCUCUGCCUGGCCCGGAAGCUCUCGCCUCAGAUGGCCAGAAACCGGGACAGACUCUUAUGAUUAACAAUGGAGGAGUUGCUGAAGUGUAUCAGUGGAAUGCAGACUUACAUCAGUGGGAUAAGAUAGGAGAUGCAAUAAGCAAGGCUCCCGAGUCUACUGUCUACCAGGGACAGGAGUAUGACUAUGUGUUUGACAUAGAACUGGACGAAGGUGGUCCUACUAUGAGGAAAUUGAAACUCCCUUACAACAAAGACACUGAUCCGUAUGUGGCUGCAAUGGAGUUCCUAGAGGCCAAUGGUCUACCUGAGAUGUACCUGGACCAAGUGGCAGAGUUUAUCGUACAGAAUGCCGGGGAGUACCAGGGGCCUGUUGCCAGCGGUCCAGCUGACCCCUUCACUGGUGGAGCCCGCUAUGUUCCGAGCAGUGGAGUCCAGAGAGGCUCUGGGACUGGUUCAGACACUGGUGGGGCACAGGAUCCUUUCACUGGAGGGUCCAGGUACCGUCCCAGUGCCAGCAGCAGUGGCCGGGAGCUGGGGGUGGGGCCAAGCUCCUCUGGAGGCGGGGCUGAUCCUUUCACAGGGGGAAACAGCUAUAGGCCACGGGAGUUUUCUCAAGCACAGCCCCAGAUCUCUGUGAAUUUCACCGGCAGUAGACUACAGAGCACCAACGCAUACUUCCCAAUGAAAGAGUACAAGUUGUUCGGUAGUCCCAGUGACUAUGCUGACAAAGUGAUGGGGAAGAUUAGAGAGUUUAACGGGGCUUUGGACCAGACAAGACAGCUUAAGGCGGAGGAACUGACAAGAUGUCACGGUCUCUGCUCCAGUCUAACAUCACCACGAGCACACAGUGUCACAGUAGCUCCGGCUGACUUGCAGCUCAUAGACAGAAUCAUCCAUUGGCCCCCUGACCAUGUCUUUCCAGGAUUAGACAUCUUGAGACUGGCCCUGUUGAACAAGUGCGGCUGCAAGUACUUUGUGGAUGACGAGGACGGUGGGAAGGUGUUCCUUGGAGAGCUGUUGGCCUUAGCCGUGGGCUCUCAGGCUCAGUCAAAAAACCAGCUCCUUGUCCUGCGAUGUCUGGCAAACAUGUUCUCCGUAGAUAAUGGACAGAGGCUAAUGGACGGGCAGAGAAAGUGGGUGAGACACGCUAUCUGUACCUCUGCUGUUCUUGUGUUCAACAAUGGGAGUCUGAGUAAUAAUUAUAGUGCUAAGUAUAGGGGCAACAGAGGGUGAGCAUUAAACAUUAAAGUGGUGCUACAUAUUUGGCUAAGGUGAAGUAUUAAUCUGUUUGGCCGACCAGGUAUUGUCACAGAUGGAGCCACUUUUGAGUGUCGGUUCUAAAACUCACCAAGUGGCGCUCUCUACUGUCCUUCUGAAUUACUGCAUAUAUUACCACAAGAUGGGGCAGGAAGACGGCAUGACAGACUGUACACGACUAGCAGUAAAGGUGCUCAAGACUUCUUUUGACCCACAAGCAAAGCUAAGAACACUUAUUGGCCUUGGAGGUUUGGUGAUGGCCAAGAAAGCUAGGGUCUUGUCUGCUGCCAUUCCCGACAAUCUCAGAGCACUGGUAGACUCUCACUGUACCUCAGCCAAUACUUCUGAGGUAUCAGAGUGUGCCAGAUACAUCAUUCAGGCAUUGAACUGAACUAACAAAAUUAAUAGCUUCCGACCCUUUGCUAUAUAUAUAUAUUCUAUAUAGCACUAUCAUUCAUCAACUUAUGAUAGAGAAAAGUUUAUGAAACACAAAAGCGGUAUUACACAAACUGAAACGGAGUAGAUAAAGUCCCGGUUAACCAAAGUCCCUGUUAGCUAUAAUGUGUAAGCUAUACUAUGUGGCUCAAAGUCUUUGGGUAUUCUUGGAAAUGAGGACUCCGAGAGAGAAGUAGUCAG